CAACAGUUGAUGCCAGCGAGUCUUUUCAGGGCUGACCGCUGAAAAAGUUUAUAUACUUCCGGUGAAGAGUUCAUCUGCUUCUGAAUGAUAAAGUAGUGGAAAUAAAGGUGAGCAGCAAAGAUGGAGUCGAACGAGGACGGAGGCCUCAGCGUUGGGGGCUCUGUGGGAGAGGAGAACUACUUCCUGGGAUACACCUUCACUGACCGCUCCCACUCCAGCCGGGUGGUGAAGAGCAUCAUGGACUUGUGUCUGGAGGAUGGCCUGUUUGCUGACGUCACCGUCACUGUGGACAGCAAAGAGUUUCACCUGCAUCGGCUGGUGCUCUCGGCACAGAGCAGUUUCUUCCGCUCCAUGUUCACCUCCAACCUCAAAGAGUCCCACAACCGCUCUAUUGAGCUGAAAGAUGUCAGCGCCACUGUCUUUCAGCUGCUGAUUGACUACAUAUAUCAUGGCACGAUUAAACUAAGGGUAGAGGAGCUGCAGGACACCUAUGAGAUGGCAGAUAUGUACCAGCUUACUGCGCUGUUUGAGGAAUGCUCACGCUUCCUGUCACGGACAGUAGAAGUCAAGAACUGCCUGCAGGUAAUGUGGCUUGCAGACAGACACAGUGACCAGGAGCUGUAUACUGCAGCCAAGCAUUGUGCCAAAAUCCACCUGGCCCAGCUGCAUCAGACUGAGGAGUUUCUUAAUCUGCCUCUCUGUCUGCUCUUGGACAUCAUCAAAGAUGGAGUUCCAAGCUCCCAAAACCCAACAGUGGCCAUCGAGUCAUGGAUAAACCACAACAAAGUGGAAAGAGAGGAGUUUUCUUGUAUCCUUCAAGAAAAUCUCAAGGAAAUUGGUGAGAACGUUCACAUUUACCUGAUUGGUAAAGAGGAGACGCGGACUCACUCCCUGGCGGUGUCCCUUCACUGUGACGAAGACGAUGCGAUCAGUGUUAGUGGCCAGAACAGUUUAUGCCAUCAGAUCACCGCAGCCUGUAAACACGGGGGUGACCUGUAUGUCGUGGGGGGGUCGAUCCCACGGCGCAUGUGGAAAUGCAACAUGCACACCAUGGACUGGGAGCGCUGUGCCCCACUGCCCAGAGACCGUCUCCACCAUACCAUGGUCUCUGUCUCUACUGAGGACACUAUCUACUCACUAGGAGGUAAAACGUUGCAGGACACGCUCUCUAAUGCUGUCAUCUACUACACAGUCAAGGAUAACAUGUGGACAGAGACCAGCCAGUUGGACACAGCAGUGUCCGGUGCUGCUGGCGUUAACCUGGGAGGCACCAUCUACCUACUUGGAGGGGAGGAGAACGACAUGGACUUUUUUACCAAGCCGUCUCGACUGAUUCAGUGUUUUGACACCGGCUCCCAGAAGUGCCAGAUCAAACCUUACAUGCUGCCAUUCGCGGGCUGCAUGCACGCCGCGGUCCACAUGGACGUCAUCUUCAUCGUGGCAGAGGGAGAUUCUCUGGUGUGCUACAACCCUCUGCUGGAGAGCUUCACCCGCCUGCGCUUCCCUGAGGUGUGGAGCUGCGUUCCUUCACUGUGGAAGGUGGCCAGCUGUAAUGGCUGCAUAUAUGUCUUCAGGGACAAGUGUAAAAAAGGUGACGCAAACACGUUGAAGUUCAACCCGGCCACUUCUGUCGUCUCUGUUAUCAGAGGUAUAAAAAUUCUCCUCACAAACUGGCAGUUUGUUUUGGCCUGAACCGUCCUCUGGAUGUUCACACUGUGGUCCACAGACUCGCCACAGAGAUUCAGGGAAGACUGUUGGAUAACUUACCAUGACUUCACUGUUCAGACAUCCCGUGAGGAGACCUGCUAUCAAUGUAUUUACUCAGCUGGUUUCUGUGUCACUCAUUCCAUUCUGACUUCACCACCAGACCAGUAAACACAAUUCAGCGCCUUGUGUGUCUGUGUGUGUGUGUGUGUGUCACUUGCUUGUAUUUCAGUGCGCUUCAUUGUGGAUCCCUUAGCUGAGAAGUCAAACAGUUUGUGAUGACGCUGUAACCAGUGAUGCACUAAUCGACAUUGUUUUCCUGUGCGCUGCUUGUUUAUUGACACGCAUGAACAACUUCAGUGUAAAAACUUUACUGAACAUAAACAUCCUUCAGUAUAUUAUAAGUGAAUAAGUGUAUCAUGAUGUUGUAGGUUAAAUAUCCUCAGAUGUCAGAUUUUAAAUGAAAUGUGCAUAAACAUGGUAACAACUGAUGUUUUCUAACUUUUCAAAUUUUCACAGUUUCUUGUCUUAAGAUUGUAUUUUUGAUGUAAUAUGUUCAAGGUAAACUUAAUAGAAAUGGUAAAUAUAUCACUGUGUC